AUGUUUUCUGGUACUUAUUUCUCUCCUUCUAUACAAUGUACAAUCAACACAAUUGACUUGAAAAAAUGGGACAAAGUAGAUUUAAGAACUAAACCCAAAAUUGAAUGUGGCCCAGUAUUACAGUUCGGGAAGAGACUUCUUAUUCCUAUUGCCGAUUUUGGUUCUAGACCAUCAACAUUAGAAGGAGGGUUGUUUCUUUACUAA